UCUGGGCUGAUGGUUAUCCGAAUGUGGCUCACGGGACCGGGCCAUGUUAUGUCGUUUGAAGAAUAAACGUGUGCUCGAUUCGGGGACAGCUGAAAUUUAAACGAAAUUUUUUGUCAACAAGAUUUUCGAUCAGACGUUCAUGAACCAGGGUAACAACGUGGAAUGUUUAGGUUAAAAUUUACAAGCAACAUCACAGCUGUCAUGUCAUGUGACAACUCCAUUGCAUGAUUCAAAGUCACGUGGUCUAGAAUAAAUAAAUUUGAUUGUGUCUUUGCAUCACCAAUGAAUCCAGUUCACCAGUUCAGUUAGAAAUUUAAUUUCACCUAGAUCUCAAGACAAGGAUAUUUAAGUACAAGUACAUCCAAGAGUUUACAAAAUGCUCUUAACAUUUAGAAUCUUUGACACGAUAAAUGUCGUCUUGAUAUUUAUUGUCACCACUUAUUUGCAACUUUUGUGUCACUCGGAGCUCAAUCAGUCGGGAUUAAAAAAUCUAACGGAUAAUCCGGAAAAAAAUUCGUCGCAAAGUUUACUGAGAUCCAGCGAAUUUAAAAAAAUAUACAAACAUCAAAGGCAGAGUAUUAAAGUCAGGAAAAGAUUAAACGGGGGUAAUUAUAGAAAUUGGAGUAAAUGGUCGCCUUGUACUAAAUCAUGUACGACGCAGCGUCAAAGAUGGUGUAAAGAACCAGGUACUUGUGAUCGUGACGUUAUAAGAGAAACUGCUUACUGUUAUGUAAAAGGAAGCUUCUGUCAGAAGUGGAUCUACCGAAAAGUCCGCAAAGGACAAAAAAAGUAUCCAGACUCUGGUGCAGUUACUAAUGAUCUAUUAGAUGAGCUGCAAUCAAGCUCGGGCACAAUAAAUAAUUAUAAUUACAAUUAUAAUAACUUUAAUGAUGAUAACAAUAAUUGGAGAUGCGGGGUCACUGAUCAAGAGAAACACAAGUUAUCGUAUUUAUUGAGGAUAAUUGGUGGACAUCCGGCAGUGGCUGGCAACUGGCCUUGGCAAGUCGCUAUCCUUAAUCGAUAUCGGGAGGCAUUCUGCGGCGGGACUUUGGUAUCUCCAAAGUGGGUACUUACGGCAGCGCACUGCAUUCGCAAGCACAUUUACGUUCGCAUUGGCGAGCACGAUCUAACGGUAAAAGAAGGAACGGAGCUUGAGUUUAUAAUAGACUCAUCUUUAUCGGUGAAAAUUCACCCAGACUACGACACUGAUACGGUUGACAAUGAUGUAGCACUUAUUAGUUUGCCUUACUCAUUAAAUCCAUCAGCCUCGCGCGGCAUCGCUUGUUUGCCUUCUCCUAAUCAGCCACUUCCUGUUAAUCAACUCUGCACAAUUAUCGGCUGGGGAAAAUCUAAAACAACAGACAACUUCGGCACUGAAGUUCUGCACGAAGCCCGUAUACCCAUUGUCUCGUCCGAAGCCUGCAGAAAUAUGUACGAGGACUAUAAAAUAACCAAUAAUAUGUUUUGCGCGGGAUAUCAUCGCGGUAGAAUGGAUUCCUGUGCGGGUGACAGCGGGGGCCCGCUUCUCUGCAGAGACCUCAGUAGGCCUAAUCAUCCUUGGACGAUUUUCGGCAUCACGAGUUUCGGUGAAGGCUGUGGCAAACGCGGUAAAUUUGGUAUUUAUGCCAAAUUGACAAACUACAUCAACUGGAUUGCUACUGUCAUGAAGGAUUCUUAAUAAAUAUAUAUAUAUAUAUAUAUAUAUAUAGAUAUAAAUAUAUAUAUAAGCACAACAGAAUCCUGUCUCUUAAUCAAUGGCUCCAUCGUCCGUGGUAUUUACCAACAAUUAUAUAUC